AGCAGGGUCAACACUCAUUGGUCGGUGCACUUCGGCGCAGGCGAAGCAUGGUGCGUGUUGGCAUCCUCUUUGAUUUGCGACACUGUGAUACCCAGCCGGGAGAGUGCAUUUGCGUGCGCGGAAAUCUGGACAGACUCGGUGCCUGGAGCAUUGUUGGCAUCGCGGACCACUUGCGCUUGCAGACGGAUGCGAAACGGUACCCUCGCUGGAGCAGUGGAGCUGCUAUCUGGCUGGAACCAGAGGUGCGCCCCGAUGGCAAAGCCAGCCUUUGUUUUGAGUACAAGUUUCUAAAGGAUCGAAGCGCCUUUUGCGAAGAUCCCAGUGAGAAGAAGUCUGCCUAUGUGUGGGAGGCCGCGGUGCGAAAUCGAUGGAUCUCCUUACCGGUCCAGGAUGGUGCCAUCUUUGUGGUGAGCACCGAAGCCUGGAACGACGAAGGGCAGACAGUCAUCACCCAACUGCGCCAAGCGAAGGAGUCCCGGCACUUGCCCAUUACCCUCCCUCCACAGGACAAGGCCAAUUGGAGCUUCAUCUUGAGCCCUCGGGGAGCGAAGGAGGAAGAAGACACUCAGUUUCCCAUCGAAAAAGAGUUCGGCGCGUUGGACUUCACGAGUCCGCAGAAAGAAGGUCCCGCCAUCAGCAAGUUCACUGUGAUGGAGAAGCAAGCAGAGGCGCUGAAGCUCGAGAACGCGUUGUUACGCAAGCGACUUCAACACAUGGAGGCCUCCAUUAGUAGCUACCGCGUGGACAUGACUGACAGUACUGACAUCACGGAUGGUUGACCGACCAGUGAGGCAUGUGAGCCCGGAAGUGAUGGUGAUUUCACGAUUGGUGAAGACGGAGAUUUCUACAUGUGCCAGGGUCAAAAGUUGG